AUGCAGAAGGCGCUGCGCCUGAACGACGGGCACGCCGUCUACCUGGGGCUGCUGGCCAAGAAGGACGGGGCCCGGCGGGGCUACCUCAGCAAGAGGAGCUCUGACAACACCAAAUGGCACCCCAAGUGGUUCGCCCUCCUCCAGAACAUGCUUUUCUACUUCGAGAACGACUCCAGUUCCCGGCCGGCUGGCCUCUACCUGUUGGAAGGGUGCCUGUGCGACCGAGCACCUUCACCCAAGCCCAAGGAUGCCCUGGAGAAGCAGCAUUAUUUUACGGUUAACUUCAAUCAUGAGAACCAGAAAACUCUAGAGCUGAGAACUGAGGAUGCCAAGGAUUGUGACGAAUGGGUAGCAGCUAUCAGUCAUGCCAGUUAUGGGACUCUCGCCACAGAGCACGAAGGCUUAAUGCAGAAGUACCUCCAUUUACUUCAGAUUGUGGAGACCGAAAAAACAGUUGCCAAGCAACUCAGGCAACAAAUUGAAGAUGGAGAAAUAGAGACAGAGCGCCUGAAAUCAGAGAUUGCCGCCUUACUUAAGGACCAUGAGCGCAUCCAGUCCAACCAGGCUAACAUGCCAAAUGAUGAUGACAUUGACAUCAAGAAGAUCAAGAAGGUCCAGAGUUUUCUCCGGGGAUGGCUGUGCAGAAGGAAGUGGAAGACCAUCAUCCAGGAUUACAUCCGCUCCCCUCACGCCGACAGCAUGCGGAAGAGGAACCAGGUUGUCUUCAGCAUGUUGGAAGCCGAAGCCGAGUACGUGCAGCAGCUGCACAUCCUCGUCAACAACUUCCUGCGCCCGCUGAGGAUGGCAGCCAGUUCUAAAAAGCCCCCUAUCACCCAUGACGACGUCAGCAGCAUCUUCCUGAACAGUGAAACCAUCAUGUUUUUACACCAGAUCUUCUACCAGGGCUUAAAAGCACGCAUCUCUAGCUGGCCAACCUUGGUGCUUGCGGACCUCUUCGACAUCCUCCUGCCGAUGCUCAACAUCUACCAGGAGUUUGUUCGGAACCACCAGUACAGCCUGCAGAUCCUGGCCCACUGCAAGCAGAACCGGGAUUUCGAUAAGCUCUUGAAGCAUUACGAGGCCAAGCCUGACUGUGAGGAGCGGACACUGGAGACUUUCCUGACCUACCCCAUGUUUCAGAUCCCCAGAUACAUCCUGACCCUGCACGAACUGCUGGCCCACACGCCCCACGAGCAUGUCGAGAGGAACAGCCUGGACUAUGCCAAGUCUAAGUUGGAGGAACUCUCCAGGAUCAUGCACGAUGAAGUCAGUGAAACAGAAAAUAUUCGGAAGAACUUGGCGAUCGAGCGAAUGAUUAUGGAAGGCUGCGAAAUCCUCCUGGACACCAGCCAGACCUUCGUGAGACAAGGGUCCCUCAUCCAAGUGCCGAUGUCUGAGAAGGGGAAAGUGACGCGUGGACGGCUGGGCUCCCUGUCCCUGAGGAAGGAGGGGGAGAGGCAGUGUUUCCUCUUCUCUAAGCACCUGAUCAUUUGCACCCGGGGCUCCGGAGGGAAGCUGCACUUGACGAAGAAUGGCGGUGUGAUUUCACUCAUUGACUGCACGCUGGUGGAAGAUACGGAAAGCACGGAUGAGGACCGUAAAGGAUCUGGGCAAGAUACGGAGCACCUUGACUUCAAGAUCGUGGUGGAACCUAAAGACAGCGCACCUUAUACCAUUAUCCUGAUGGCAUCAUCCAGGCAAGAAAAGGCUGCAUGGACCAGCGACAUCAGCCAGUGUGUAGACAACAUCCGAUGUAAUGGCCUCAUGAUGAACGCCUUUGAAGAAAAUUCAAAAGUUUCUGUUCCGCAGAUGAUCAAGCCGCUUGGCUGUACUUCUUCUCUCCAUCCCUCUCUGUUCUCCAGGUCAGACACCAGCCUGUACUGUGACGACGUGGACAUUCGAUUCAGCAAGACCAUGAACUCCUGCAAAGUCCUCCAGAUCCGCUAUGCCAGCGUGGGGCGUCUCCUGGAAAGACUGACAGACCUGAGAUUCCUCAGCAUUGACUUUCUCAACACCUUCCUGCAUUCGUACCGGGUCUUCACCACGGCUAUGACUGUGUUGGACAAGCUGAUCACCAUCUACAAGAAACCGAUCAGUGCGAUUCCUGCUAGAUGGCAAAGGUCCCUGGAGCUCUUGUUUGCCAGCAGCCAGAACACCAAACUCCUCUACGGAGAGCCCCCCAAGUCUCCACGCGCCAACCGGAAGUUUUCCUCCCCUCCCCCUCUGUCCAUCACCAAGUCAUCCUCACCAAGCCGGAGGAGGAAGCUGUCCUUGAACAUUCCCAUCAUCACAGGAGGGAAGGCCCUGGAGCUGGCGGCCCUGAGCUGCUCCUCCAACGGUUAUGCAAGCAUGUAUUCCUCCGCCAUGUCGCCCUUCAGCAAAACCACCCUGGACAUCAACAAGCUUUACGUCUCCGGCAGCUACUCCAAUAAGAUAUCUGACGAGGGAGAAGGGAGCACCGAAAAGGCAGAGGAAGCGCUUCUGAGCAAGACAGGCUCCGAAGAGUCUCCCCGAGAAGAUUCUGCCUUUGAAACAGCCCAGAGUGAGGAUGCAGAUGCAGAGGCAUCGCCCACCAAGUCUCCAACAACCCCUAAACUGGUCAGAGGCAAGAACUCUUCAGAGUUCCCGUUGUUCUCCUACAACAAUGGAGUGGUGAUGACUUCUUGCCGAGAGUUGGAGAACAGCCGCAGCAGCGCUCUCUCAGCCGCCUCUGCAUUCGCCAUUGCCACCGCCGGAGCCAACGAGGGUACCCCGACCAAAGAGAAGUACCGCAGAAUGUCGUUGGCCAGCCCAGGCUUCCCUUCUGACCAAAGGAACAGUGACAAAGAGUUUGUGAUCAGGAGGGCAGCGACCAACCGGGUGCUCAAUGUCCUGAGGCACUGGGUCUCCAAGCAUGCCCAGGACUUUGAAAGCAAGGAGGAGCUGAAGUAUAAAGUGAUCAGCUUUCUGGAGGAAGUGAUGCAUGACCCAGAACUCUUGACUCAAGAGAGAAAAGCCGCCGGCAACAUCAUAAGGACCCUGACCCAGGAUGACCCUGGAGACAACCAGAUCUCCCUGGAAGAGAUUCUGCAAAUGGCUAUGGGGGCCAAGGCAGAACCCUUUGAAAAUCACUCGGCUUUAGAAAUAGCUGAGCAACUCACCUUAUUGGAUCACCUGGUCUUCAAGACGAUACCCUAUGAAGAAUUCUUUGGACAAGGAUGGAUGAAGGUGGAAAAGAAUGAGCGAACACCCUAUAUCCUGAUGAACACAAAGCACUUCAAUGACAUCAGCAACCUGAUUGCCUCCGAGAUCCUCCGCAAUGAGGACAUGGCUGCCCGGGUGAGCACGAUCGAGAAGUGGGUGGCCGUGGCUGACAUUUGCCGGUGCCUGCACAACUACAACGCCGUUCUGGAGAUCACCUCGGCCUUCAACCGCAGUGCCAUCUUCCGCCUCAAGAAGACUUGGAUGAAGGUGUCAAAGCCGACCAAAGCUGUGAUCGAUAAGCUACAACGGCUGGUGUCUUCGGAAGGACGAUUUAAAAACUUGAGAGAAGCUCUGAAAAAUUGUGACCCGCCUUGCGUCCCUUACUUGGGCAUGUACCUCACGGAUCUGGCAUUCAUUGAAGAGGGCACUCCCAAUUACACUGAGGAUGGCCUGGUGAACUUCUCCAAAAUGAGGAUGAUCUCCCACAUCAUCCGAGAGAUCCGGCAGUUUCAGCAGACGGCCUAUAAGAUCGAGCAUCAGGCCAAGGUCACUCAGUACCUCCUAGAUCAGUCGUUUGUGAUGGAUGAAGAGGGUCUCUAUGAUGCCUCUCUGAAGAUAGAGCCAAAGCUCCCCACCUAA